AUGACUUUGACCACCGAAGAAGCGCGCAAGUCUAUGUCAUUUGAGGAGGGUGCCCUGAUUGAACCUCUCGCUGUCGCUGUUAUGGCUGUCAGCAGUGUGGCGAAGAUGAAGCACAAUGCCAAUGUGGCAGUUUUUGGAGCUGGACCCGUGGGACUCCUACUCGACUUCGCCAAAGACUACUGCGCAACGGAGGUUCACGCCGCCAUCCCUAAAAACUCUGGAGAGGACAACAUGUCUUACUCUAAGCGACAUGCAUUCGAGAUCAUGAAGAAAUUUGGACUGGGCGAACGCGGAGAGGGCAUUGAUCUUGUUGUAGAAUGCUCGGGCGCCGAAGUUUGUGUUCAAACUGGAAUUUGGCUCGCGAAACGACGUGGCAUGUUCGUGCAGGUCGGCGCUGGUCCGGCAAACAACCUCAUUCCAAUGUCCAUCCUUGUGAACAAGGAGGUCACUGUGAAGGGAAGUUUGAGGCUAGCUAUCGAUCUUGUGCGGCAAGGCCGAAUCAACUUGAAGCCCCUCCUGACACAUCGUUUCCCUUUCAAAGAUGCCGCGAAGGCCUUCAAAGCAAUGCAAAAUGGAAAGGGGGAUGAUGGAAAAGUGACAAUCAAAGUCAUCAUUGACGGGCCUCUGGCUUGA